UGUUUUCCCCCAAAACGGAUGAACAAUAGCCCCGGUGCAGAGAAUCACAGACAAUCGGCAUCUCCGCUAGUAGAAGCGCGCGAGCCAAUCACAGAGAAUUUCCAGUUUUCCAGCAUGGCCGCCAUAGCCACCUCCUUCUCCGCUGCCGCUGCUGCUGUCGCCCGCCGGAGAUCCCCUGCCCGCAUCCAGCUUGUUGCUCGCCGCCGCCUCCCGUUCUGCACCGCUGCCUCCGCGGCACCUGCUGCUGCGGCGGGCUUUAGUUGGGCCGACGCCCUCCGAGUUGCCAGCGAAACCGGGAUCGGCGACGAGUCCGACCUUUCCGGAUACUUCCAGAAGGUCGACAUCUGCAACCGAGGACUGGAUAAGAAGGGACAGUUCGUGGAGUUCUUGGUGGAGGAUCAAGUGGUGGGGUACAUCCACAAGGGUUUUACCGAACACCUGAGAGUCUUCCAUGACGUUUUUACCAUUGUCUCGGGCCACAAUGGCAACAGCACUGUGGGGCAUGUGACUCUCCACCCAUCGCUUAGGACUCCAGAAGAUCGAACGCUAGCCAUUGGAGAUGUCAUAAAAGGCCUAGGAGAACUCAUUCCUGGUAUACGCAAUGAGCUCUAUCCAGUAACCUCAUCUUAUGGCAUGCCUGUGUACUUCUCUCUGGAACGUGCUGCUGCUCCCUACUUCGGCAUAAAGGCUUAUGGUGUUCAUAUGAAUGGGUACAUCGAGAAGGAUGGUGAGAAAUCUCUGUGGAUUGGUAAGAGAAGUGAUGUGAAGCAAACCUACCCUGGAAUGCUAGAUCAUCUUGUUGCUGGUGGCCUGCCAUAUGGAAUCUCCUGUAAAGAGAAUAUCAUCAAGGAAUGCGAAGAGGAAGCGGGAAUCCCAAGAUCCAUGUCAACCAAUGCUACUUCUGUUGGAGCUGUAUCUUACAUGGAUAUCGAUGGAUUUAGAUACAAAAGGGAUGUUCUGUUCUGCUACGACCUUAGACUUCCUGUAGAUUUUGUUCCUAAUAAUGAAGAUGGAGAAGUUGAUAGCUUCAGACUAAUUCCAGUUUCACAUGCUGCAAACAUUAUCCGGAGGACAAAUUUUUUCAAAGCAAAUUGCAACCUUGUGAUCAUUGACUUCCUCUUCCGUCAUGGGUAUGUAGACCCAGAUUGUAAUGGGUACCUGAAGCUGCUGACAAGCUUGAGGGGCGGUGAUUGUUCCUAGGGCUCGCGGUUCACAGUUCAAACAGAAUCAUCACAGAUUGUCAGCAUUAAUUGCUGUUUUCUAUGGAGUAAGCUGGGCCUGAAGCUGGUCCUGGUUUUGUUGUGAGCACCAAGGUUGAGUCCCCUCUCAUCUAACAGAACAGAAGUUUGAUAUCACUAUUUAUCAAGUUGUGUUAAGCUUUGAUUCAUCACCAAGCCGGACGGCUCCCUCAUGAUGGCCGCUUGGCCGCCCGAAGGCCAGCUAUUCAUGGUUAUGCUUCUUUAGAUGCAUUUAUCAGGGUUGCUCCCGAGAAAUUAAUCCAUGUACAUAAUCUGCUUUCUUUUUUGGCAUGGAUCUUAAUAUUUUUCUCAUGGGUGCGUCUUUUGGGAUGAAUUUUCAUGGGUGCUUAACAUUAA